AUGUGGUACAGUGACAGAGAAAACUUAGUAAUAGACAAAGAACAAGUAAUGUACGUAAGGGCGGAAAAAAUACCAGGGCAAAAGAAAAUAACAUCAAGCAUGUCAGACGAUGAAAAAUUAGCAGUGGCCGAAGAAAACGAACGUAUAAGAGAAGCAGCAGUAAAAUUAGCAGAAAUGGAAACAUUGAAAAAGAUUUAUCUAACAGGCAAAUUUUUAAACUUGGGCAUACCGGAACAAGGGUACUACGAUAAAAACAAUCCGAAACAUAGAGAAGCAAUAAUAAAUACAGCAAAAAAAGCACCAGAACUUGAAAAACCACCAACACCAGUAGUACUACCAACACCAGUAUACCCAAAAUAUAUAACUACAUUAAUUAUAAGAUGUGAAAAUAUAGAUAAUGUAAUGUACCUGUAUGAAACGGAUCAACAACUAAGAGACAACUUCAAAAUAAAAACAUCGUCGUAUAUAAAAGUGGAAAAACAACCCAAAGAGCAUAUAAUAAGAAUACAAACAUUAAAUAACGCGUGGGCAACAAUAAACUUUAAGUUAAAUACAUUAUCAUAA